CUGCGCGGGCGGAAUAGCGGCGCCUCCCCGAACUUAGCUAUGUUGUGUAGCUUCGCCCGCCCUCUGCCGUCCGCCUUUGAACCCGGCAGAUUUAAAAUUUCAUCUCAAAGCGCGAAGAUAAACAUUACACGGAAGAAGACGAGUUCCAGUUUAGUUUUAUUGUUGUCUUGUGAAGAUGAGGCUUCGAAAGCGAAGGACUGUAGCCAGGGCGUUGAGCCCUUCGUAUUCACCACUUCCACGGACGCCGAAGUCUUCGAGAAAACGGCAGGUAAUUGAGUAAAUUAAAGAAGACGAAUUGUGCCAUACACAUAAAAGUUCAACAAAGAAACAGCCUGCCAUGCAGACAAGGAGCAGUCGUAAAAAAAAGAGUUAUGAUGAGAAUGAAGGAUUUAAAACCCCUGUACGUGACUGCUCCUUGAAGGUGAGAUUUGACACAGACUGUGGCACCCCAGAAAGUACUGUCGCUCGUAAUAUUUAUUCACCUAUUGUGAAGUUCUUAACACCAAUGAAAGUAGAUACAGAAAGCCCAAGUCCUUUAAAAAGUGACACGGAAAUGCAUUCAUUUGUUGAGUACAAGUAUAUGGCUUCAAUGACGACUGAUGAAGAAGAUGGAGAAACAUUUGACCCGUAUGACUUUGUAAAAAACAUUCGUUCGCAGUCUGAGCCACCAAGUGCUCGUAUCAGAGACAUCCCUGUAAAGACAAGAAGCACACCAGAAGCCACCUUACUACUAGACCUGGACGAGACAUUGGUUUACAGCUCUUUAAGUGCCUUCCCAGAUGCCCAGCACUCAUUUUUCAUUCACUUCCAGGAUCAUGAAUACAAGGUUUAUUUGAAUUUGAGACCUUUCGUGUCAGAGUUUUUGGAGCGCAUGUCUCAAAUUUAUGAGAUUUUUGUGUAUACAUCUGCCAAGAAAGAGUAUGGAGAGAAGAUCCUAGAGAUAAUGGACCCUCAUAAAAAGCUUAUUCGGCACCGUCUAUAUCAGGAGGAUUGCUUUUGUGUGCAGGGACAUUAUAUUAAAGAUCUUGCUGUACUGAAGCGAGACCUAGCAAAAGCUGUUAUUGUGGACAAUAAUCCAUAUACCUGGCCAUACCAGCUAACAAAUGUGAUCCCCAUUCAAAGCUGGUACGGAAAUCAAAAGGACCGGGAGCUGCAGAAACUAGUUCCUUACCUGGAGAAGCUCAGUACACUUGAAGACUUCAGAGUACUUUUGAAGAAAAGAGCUGAUCAGCUGCAGAGACUCCUGUCUGAGGACUGAAAAGGAAGCUAGAUCACCCACUAGUGGUCUCCAUUGCCAUCACUACUAUGGAGGCAUGCCAUGCUUGCCAUUCUUUGUUUGCCAAUGUUUUUAUGAGGGGUGGGAGGGUGGUUAUUGUAAAUUAUUGUACAUAAAUGUGUAAAUAGUUCACAGUGCAAGUUUUAAAUAAA